UAGCUCUCACACUCUAUUACUCCACUAUACCUGCAGUAUAAACUGUAGAGGCAAGGAGAUCGAGCAAGAAGAAGAUCGUGUGCUGACUGGUCGAGCUAGAGCAAUGGCGAAGCCGCAGCAGGAGGUGUACUUCGUGUUCAUGAACUUUGACCCCGUGUACGAGCGCCUCAGAGCCGAUCGGUCCAAGGAGGGGUCGGCCACGCUGGACGCGUACCUGAGCCAGAAGCACGACAAGCUGCUCGCCAAGCUCCUCCAUCCCGAUUCAUACCGGAAGAGGUCGUCACUCGCCAUCGUCGAUGGCUUCGCCGUCGAGAUAACUGAUGCUCAGGCAAGCAUGCUGAGAUCGGCGAAGGAGGUGAGGGUGGUGGAGAAGAACCAGGAGCUCGCUUGAUCAGUCAAAAGGACCAGAUUUAUUAUUAUAUAUAUAGCUAUGGCUAUGCAGCUAUAUGAGUGUAGUUUACUAAGGUACAGGAGAGUGUUGCGUUGAUCCUAGCUAGUCAAUCGCCUUUGCGCGUGUGUUGAUGUGUGAACUCCCAAGGCUUAGUUGACUCUCAAGUCAAACUUAGCUUCUGCUAGCUAGCUACUAAGUAGUAGUAAAAUAUAUAUACUAGUUCUUAGGGUUUGAUGAUCAGCUAGAGGAUCGACGACUUUAAGAUUGAACCCUGUAAUGGCUUUGAUUAAUUAGUCCAAAAGCUCUCUAUGUAUGUAUGUAUGUAUGUAUGUAUGUACUCCUACCUUUCUGUCAAA